AUGAGAGCUUUUACUGUUACUCUUAACUGUGCUGCCAUCUUGAAUUAUGACGUUGUCAUCACGCCGGGGUUGGCGGGGAUCGUCCGACUGAAACCGGAGUCAGAAAUCCGGUUUCAGGGGGGCCUUCCAGAUGAAUUUCCGACUCAGAGCUUAGAAAUCCAGACUUCCGAGUACGACUGGAACGCAGCAUAA